AUGUGUUCUGUACCAAAGACAAAUGCUCUAAAUUUAUUUACUCGAUGUCCUGGAUUGUAUUGUGGAAGAGAACUAUUGCCCGAUGGCAAUUGGAGUGACUGUGGUGCAUGUCCUCGAGGGUUCAGAGCAAAUACUUCUUCAAUAUGUGUACCUUGUGAUGAUGAACCAAUGCUUUAUGAUUGGCUCUACUUAGGAUUUAUGGCUCUAUUAGCAUUAGUAUUACAUUGGUUUUGUAUUGAUAUGGUAUCUAUGCAGCGUAAUAUACCCAAGAAAGUGAUUGCAUUACAUUUGUCUGCUUUACUGGAGGUUGUUUCUGCAUCUGUGAUUACUUUACAAUUGACUGAUCCUAUAGGUAGUUUUACAGUUAGAUCAUGUAGAGCCACAAAACUUUCAGAUUGGUACACACUGUUGCACAAUCCUAGCCCAAAUUAUGAAGAAACUUUACAUUGUACACAAGAAGCUGUUUAUCCUUUGUACACAAUGGUGUUCAUUUUUUAUGCUUUAGGCACAGCUAUAAUGUUAUUAAUAAGGCCAAUUAUAGCCAAGAAAUUUUUACCAAAGAAAGGAAAAUUUUCAAUUUAUGCUGCUCUUUAUUUCUACCCUAUUUUAGCAUUGUUACAUGCAAUUGGUGGUGGUUUAAUAUAUUAUUCAUUCCCAUACAUAACGAUCAUAUUAUCAAUACUAUCUAAUGCAGCACAUUUUUCAUUAAAAUUGAAUCAGUCAACAAAAGCAUUAUUGUUGAGUUGUGUAUUAGAUACGAAAAAUGCAAUAGUUAUUAUAGGUCACUGGCUUUUAUAUGGAUAUGGUUUAAUGGCUGCAGCAACUUUUUCAAGGUUCACAGAUCCAUAUAAACUUCAUAGAUAUAUUUGA